UGUGCGCCCGCUCCUAUUAAUAUAUAGGCCACGUCCUCCUCCACAGACCUUUCAAUCUUUAGCCCUCCUCGCCAUCCACCCUCGACCUUUUGCCAUCCUUUUCGAGUCUCCUCCGCUUUCGGCUUCCUUGCGCUCGCGUUAUUCUGCUCCGACAUACAGAUUCUGUUUCCAGCCCAUUGAUUCAUUACUGCAAUGUUGUUGAAACUUAUAUACACAUUUUGAAGAGCCGUAGCCUCAGCACUCCUGCGUGCGAUUCUGAUGAGAAAGGAGGGAGGAGGGAGCGCCACAAACGCGGAGGCGGCCAGCAGCAGUAGCAGCAGCAGCCGCCUGCAGCCCCCGGGCAAAAUCACGUUCGACAACUCCCCCCACUCCGACCCCCUCAUCCAGUCCUCCUCUUUCUCCGCCGCCGCUGACGACUUCCAGGACCGCCACAGCAGCGCCUCCGCCAACGCCGCGGUGGUCAUCGGCCCCGGUUACUUCUCUGACUACCCCACCACCUCCUCCAUCAGCGGCGACGUCUCCCCCUACGCCAUGUCCCCCUGGAACCAGGCCUCCUCCCCCUACGCCAGUUCACCAUGGGCGGCGCCCGGCAACCCGGCGGCGAUGGUGGCCGGUGACGGGUCGGACGAGUUCCCCGGGACGGGGCUAAUCGGGUCCCUGGUGCGGGAGGAGGGCCACAUCUACUCGCUGGCCGCUUCCGGGGACCUGCUCUACACCGGCUCGGACAGCAAGAACAUCCGGGUGUGGAAACGGCAGCAGGACUUCGCCGGGUUCAAGUCCAGCAGUGGCCUUGUCAAGGCCAUCGUCGUCGCCAGGGAGCGCAUCUUCACGGGGCACCAAGACGGCAAGAUCCGGGUGUGGAAGGUGUCUCCCAAGAACCCGGCCGUCCACAAGCGCGCGGGGUCCCUUCCCCGCCUAAAGGACUUCAUCAAGAGCUCCAUCAACCCCUCCAACUACGUGGAGGUCCGGCGCCACCGCAGCGCCCUCUGGAUCCGCCACUCCGACGCCAUCUCCUGCCUCAGCCUCACCGAGGACCGGACCCUCCUCUACUCCGGCUCCUGGGACAAGACCUUCAAGGUGUGGCGCAUCGCCGACUCCAAGUGCCUCGAGUCGGUGGUCGCCCACGACGACGCCGUCAACUCGGUCGUCGUCGCCCUCGACGGCCUCGUCUUCACGGGCUCCGCUGACGGCACCGUCAAGGUGUGGCGGCGGGAGCUGCAUGGGAAGGGAACCAAGCACGCCCACGUGCAGACGCUGCUGAAGCAGGAGUGCGCCGUCACGGCGCUCGCCGUCAGCCCCACGGCACCUGUCGUCUACAGCGGCUCCUCGGAUGGCCUCGUCAACUUCUGGGAGGGGGAGCGCUUCCUGACCCACGGCGGCGUGCUCCGCGGCCACAAGAUGGCGGUGCUCUGCCUGGCCGCCGCGGGGAGCCUCGUGCUGAGCGGUUCCGCCGACAAGACCAUCUGCGUGUGGCGGCGGGAGGGCGGGGUCCACACCUGCCUCUCCGUGCUCAGCGGCCAUGCGGGCCCCGUCAAGUGCCUCGCCGUCGAGGAGGACCGCGACGAGGCCGCCACCAAUAACCUGUGGAUCGUGUACAGCGGGAGCCUGGACAAGUCGGUCAAGGUGUGGCGGGUGUCGGAGCAGGCGCCCGAGGCACUGCUGCGGGGUCCGCAGCACGUGCCGGUGGACCCCGACGAGUCGGAGGCCUACCACGGUGGGCCCCAGCAGCCCUACGGCGGCCCGGCCGUGGGGCAGCAGGACUACGGGGGGCAAUGGACGAGGGUGCGGGCUGCGGCGUGAACGGGGAGGGAAGCAGGCCCCGAUGUUCGUCGUCGAGAGUCUGGGUUGAGUAGUGCGAGACACGCUGGAUCUGGAGAUUCGUGCUGUCCCCAUGCAUCCUGGUUCACCGAACAAGUGGGAGGCACCGGGAGGGGACAUUGAAAUGCACCCUGUUUGCGCGCAGUUUAAGUCGGAAAGAAUUGGACUCGACUCGUUUUUGUUUUUAUCUCUGAGGAUUCAAUUGAUGGUAUAUGUUUGAUAUCUCUCUCUUAGACAAAAUCCCCCUUGAAGAUUGUUUAGGCACAUUCCAAGUGCUUGUGGCAUCACUAAUUAUUCUCAAAUAUAAACGAUCUUUUGCGUCGCCCUUUCUUAGUUAGCACCAGAGACUAUCUAAUUAAGGAGCAACCUAAAGGCGAGGUAUCUUCCAUGAAGUGCGUGCAUGUAUUUUCAUUUGUCAUUCUACUAGAAGUGCUACUUAAUUAU